ACCGACUACCGGUGUUUACUUAUGCCACAUUUGCUAAUAUCGAUUAUGUAAGUGGACAUAUUGUAUUCGUUUUUUUUGUGUGAAUCGGUGCGAGAUCGAUCGAUGCGGCCAACGACAAGAUGGAAAUUGACAGAGUAUCAAGUGCAUCCAGUGAUUCAGGAGGCCAUUUCCAAUCUAUCAACUAUUACGGUGACAACAUCUUCCAGAAUUGCGCCGGCAAAAAGACCGAGUUCGAUGGAUACUUUUACACGGACGAUACUCCAGAGAAGGAGAUGCAGGACAAGCUGCAGACGCUGAUGCCAGUCGGAGGUGGUGGAGGCUCAGGAGGAGAGAAGGAAAAGGAUAGAAAGAUUGAUUAUUUUAUGGGGAAGAAGGACGAUUUCGCGGUGAACAAUAAUAACAUUGCUGGAAAAUUGCCGGAGGAUUACCACAAGAAGAAUCUGGACUUUCGGUUCAAUAACAGCAAGAACAAGAACUGUGAUUUUGUGGACAGUCGAAAAGUUGACUAUUUCAGCAAGAAGUCGGACUCGAAUAGUAUACAUCUCAACAAUCUAGACUCUUUCGGGAAGAAAUCUAUUAGUUUCUCAGCGGAUCAGGUGCAAUGCAUGUGCGAGGCUCUGCAUCAGCGUGGAGACAUCGAGCGUCUGGCGAACUUCUUGUGGUCAUUGCCGCCGUCGGAGUUGCUCAGAGGAAACGAAAGUAUAUUGAGGGCACGGGCUGCCGUCGCUUUCCACAGAGCCUCCUACCAUGAACUCUAUGCGAUUUUGGAAUCGCAUUCCUUCCAUCCGCGUUGGCACAGCGAUCUUCAGAGUCUCUGGUUCAAGGCCCAUUACAGGGAAGCGGAAAAAGUACGGGGACGACCUUUGGGUGCCGUAGAUAAAUAUAGAUUAAGGAAAAAGUAUCCUCUGCCAAAAACAAUUUGGGAUGGUGAGGAGACGGUGUAUUGUUUUAAGGAGAGGAGCAGGAACGCGCUGAAGGAAUGCUACGCGAGGAAUCGAUACCCGACGCCGGAUGAGAAAAGGGCCUUAGCUAAACGCACCGGCCUCACCUUGACGCAAGUUUCCAAUUGGUUCAAGAACAGGAGGCAAAGGGACAGAACGCCGCAACCGCGAACUGAUAUUUUGUUGAGUAAUAUGCCGAUGACGCAGACAAAUCUCAUUGGAAAUCACCAGAAUGGAAUCGACAUGGUCACCUUCCAAGCGGCAUCGAAACUCUUCGACGGUUCAUGUGCAGUAUACAGCGAUUAUCAAAUAACAUAGUGUCCAAAUUAUCCUCAUUUCACUUAUUUUCCCUCAAAGUUCUUCUAACGCACU